UUGGGCUGUGGGAAGAGAAACCGAGCUGGGCCUCGCCGCCUCCUGCUCUCGAGUUCCCGGCCAGGAGCGCGCGGCGGAGCCGAGGCGUCUGUGCGGCGGCGCCAUGGGGAAGCGGGACAACCGGGUGGCUUAUAUGAAUCCUAUAGCCAUGGCCAGAUCACGAGGUCCUUCCCAAUCUGCAGGGCCAACAAUACAGGACUACCUGAAUAGACCAAGGCCUACAUGGGAAGAAGUGAAAGAACAACUAGAAAAGAAAAAGAAAGGAUCAAGGGCAUUGGCUGAAUUUGAAGAAAAGAUGAAUGAGAAUUGGAAGAAAGAACUAGAAAAACACAGGGAGAAAUUAUUAGGUGGAAAUGAGAGUUCCUCCAAAAAGAAAGAGAAAAAGAAAAAGGAAAAGAAGAAAUCAAAUAGGUUGUCUUCAUCUUCCUCUUCUUCAUCAAGCUCUGAUUCUUCCAGCAGUUCAUCUGAUUCUGAUGAUGAGGAUAAGAAACAAGGGAAAAAACGGAGAAAGAAGAGGUAUCGCUCCUUGCGGAAAUCUUCAGAAAGCUCUACUUCUGAUUCUGAAUCAGAUAGCAAGGACAGCACAAAAAAGAAAAAAUCAAAGGAAGAACAUGAAAGAGAAAAGGACAACAAAAGUCUUAGUAGGAAAAGGAAGAAAAUUGAUCGUGGGAAUGGACCUUUAUCAUCUGAGUCCUUAUCAGAGUCAGAUCCUACAGAGGAGGUACAAGUGAAAAAGAAAAAAAACAGUGAAGAAAGAGAGAAAGUAACAGAUAAAACAAAAAAGAGAAAGAAGCACAAGAAACAUGGUAAAAAGAAGAAAAAGAAGACGGCUGGUUCAAGUUCAGAUUCAGAAUAACACUUAAAAAUCAAGCCUGUCCCUUCAACAAAAGUGCAAUGACUAAAGGAAACUUCAACUGUGAAAAUUAUCGCAAACUUUACCACACUGCAUGAGUUUUCCAGUGUUUUAGAAAUAUUACUAGACUUUCAAUAGCCAGACAGGUGCUAAUGUGCCCGAAAAGUCCAUUGUUGUUGCCUGCUGCUUAAUACCUGGGAUACAAUUUUUUUUUUUUAAUUACAGUAGCCAGUGUUAGUUUAAAAUCAUAAGAGAGGGUGGUCCAGCUAAUAUGUAAAAUAUUAGGAAAUAGAGUGCAACCUUUUAGAUACUAAAAAUAGUGUUUUAACCAGUUAGUAAUAUAGUCCAAUUUUUAAAUCUGCAGAAAUAAAAUCAAAAAUUCAUCUUGAAGAGGAAUAUAACACAAAACUAUUGAUACUUGCUGACUACUAAUGCCAUUUGUGAAAUGGGAAUAGAAUAGUAACAGUUUUAAAGGUUACUUUUGUAGAAGUAUUUAUGAUGAUUUUGCCCUUUAUUUUCUUUUGGGAAUGUUACCAUUUUGGCUAGCUGAAUUAGGGUGCCUUUGAUCCUUGCAAAAUCUAACUAUUUUUAACAGUACAACAGCUAUAUUUCCUAGGGAGAUCAGAACUGGUAUCAGCAGGUUUUCCUGAAUAAACAAUUCUGGGCCUCUAGCAUGUACUUUUUCAUUAAGUAAGAGCAGUGACACACUGCAGAAUAACUUGACAUCCAAAAAUUAAAGACUUUACCUCCACUAAUUGAAAUGAUGCUGAAUACUGUGCUAUUAAUAUGCAUUAUAUCAUUUAAAGUAAUUUUGAGUUUAAAUGAACAUUUUUGGCAAACACUGGUAGCUUUUUUCCUUUGCAUUGCCAUUGAGAUAUUUAGAAUUAUUUUGUAUGUUUUGUACCAUUUUUAAAUAACGUACAGGUUUUCAGUUGUAACUAGUGAUUUAUUUUUUUUAUGAAUUAUGUUCCAGGUGUGGAGUUUCAUGUAUGUAUUUACUUUAUUCUUAUAGUAAGUUCAUUUGCUGUGAUAAAAUGCACACUUGCUGAAAAUAUUUAGCAUGUAAAAAGCAGGGUUUUGAUAUCUAACAGCUUCAUAUUGAAGCUGAUUUUACUCUAAGCAAGUUCAGUGGCAGACCUGUUAUGCGGAUGUGUCUUGUUAUAUAAAACUACUGCCAGAAUCUCAGUAAAGAUACUCUAA